UUCACGGAGGAGAAAUUCGGUCAGGCCGAGAAGACCGAGCUGGACGCCCACUUUGAAAACCUCCUGGCCCGGGCGGACAGCACCAAGAACUGGACAGAGAAGAUCCUACGGCAGACGGAGGUGCUGCUGCAGCCCAACCCCAGCGCCCGGGUGGAGGAGUUCCUGUACGAGAAGCUGGACAGGAAGGUCCCCUCGCGGGUCACCAACGGGGAGCUGCUGGCUCAGUACAUGGCUGAGGCGGCCAGCGAGCUGGGGCCCAGCACGCCGUACGGCCGAGAGGGACUUCACGCACGCGGCCUCGCUCAGCUUCCUCACGCCCCUGCGUGACUUCCUGGAGGGGGACUGGAAGACGAUUUCGAAGGAGAGGCGGCUCCUGCACAACCGCCGGCUGGACCUGGACGCCUGCAAGGCUCGGCUGAAGAAAGCCAAGGCCGCCGAGGCCAAAGCCACGACGGUGCCGGACUUUCAGGAGACUAGACCUCGUAAUUACAUUCUCUCGGCCAGCGCCUCCGCGACUCUGGAGGACACUGCCCGCCCCCCUCCCCGGGCCGAGCGGAAGAAGCAGCCUGGAGGGUGGAGGCCGCCCUGUGGCUUUCUUUUGCCACUGGCCCCCAGUGUGACCCCGGCCCAAGGCUGCCUUUCCCUGCCGGAGGACAGACAGCUUUGGAACGAUGAGGUGGACAAGGCUGAGCAGGAGCUCCGAGUGGCCCAGACGGAGUUUGACCGGCAGGCGGAAGUGACCCGGCUGCUGUUGGAGGGGAUCAGCAGCACUCAUGUGAACCACCUCCGCUGCCUCCACGAGUUCGUCAAGUCACAGACGACCUACUACGCGCAGUGCUACCGUCACAUGCUAGACCUGCAGAAGCAGCUGGGCAGCUCCCAGGGUGCCAUAUUCCCAGGCACGUUUGUGGGCACCACGGAGCCUGCCUCCCCUCCCCUGAGCAGCACCUCGCCCACCACCGCCGCGGCCACCAUGCCCGUGGUGCCCUCAGUGGCCGGCCUGGCCCCUCCGGGGGAGGCAGCACUCUGCCUGGAGGAGGUGGCGCCCCCCGCCAGCGGGACCCGCAAGGCCCGGGUGCUGUACGACUACGAGGCGGCGGACAGCAGUGAGCUGGCCCUGCUGGCUGACGAGCUCAUCACCGUCUACAGCCUGCCUGGCAUGGACCCCGACUGGCUCAUUGGCGAGAGAGGCAACAAGAAGGGCAAGGUCCCCGUCACCUACUUGGAGCUGCUCAGCUAAGCGCCCCCGGCCCGGGCAGGAGAGCACGGACGGACACUGCGCUGCGCAGCUGCUCGGGUGGGACUGACCCACCCUGCCACGCCCCUGGUCAUCCUGCUGUGAGGGAGCCCGAGAGGCUGAAUGGUCCCUGCCUCUGCCAGCCCCGCUUCUGACCUACGGUUCUGGAGCCCAGCCCCUGCCUGCACCCCGCCCCCCAGCAGUCCGGCCCUCCCAGCUCCUGCUAGGAGGAGGGGCCCCAGCACUUCAGCCAGACUGGGGCAGCCGCGGGCGCCCAGGAAGCCGGCGGGGUGAGGGGCACAAGAGAGACCUGCCCUUAUCUGCCAGAAGCCGAGAAGGGGGACAGCCGUGAGGCCAGCUGUGCCCUGGCAGCCCCUGGGGCCUGGGUACUGCCCCUCCUGGAGGGGACACCCUGGCAAGAGACGGGGUCGGGCCCCGGCGCAGUGCCUGCCCGGUGCUACCCUCCCCCACCUCCCAGCUCACGCCAAGCUGGUGGCUGCAGCCUUCGCUCUCCACGCCCCACUCACUUUUUAACAGACAUUUCUACUUCUGCCUGUCUGCUCUCCAGCCAGUGGCAAACAAUAAACCCUCCUUCGUGUGCGA